GAUACGCGCUUUACGCAUUACUCGACACACGCCUCGAAGCCUCGGCUCAUCACGUAACAUCACUAGAAAUAAUAAAGAGAACAAGAAUGGCGUUGUAUUCGUUCAGUAGUUGGAUUUGAUGUGCUGCGUUAAAUAAAGGCACAGAUGUUCAAGAACGUGUCUUGUUUCUACACCAUUACACACAGGAUGGCUGAAUGAUCUUCAUCUCUUUUCCCGUUGCCAUAUGGUGUCUUGAUGUCCCACACGCUUCUUUUGUUGAUGAUUGCGCUCCUCUGCGCGCGGGUACAGGUUGCAGGUGAGCCCAUCAAUGUGCAGGAGGGAGGUACCACCAUCUUACCUUGCAAGCUACCAAAGACGCUGACAGGAAAUGAGAACCUGGAACAGAUUUCAUGGCAGAGAAAGACGAAAGGAAAACCGCUGACGGAUAAUUUCUUUACCAUCACAAAAGAUGAGGCUCGUCUUGUUAAUGGGCCUGAUAGGAGAUUUAAAUAUAUUGGGACAUUUGCUGAACAUAAUGGGACUCUCCAGCUAUCUAAUGUAAACGUGUUGGACGCUGGAACCUACACUUGCAUCUUUUCCAUUUUCCCCACAGGACAUCCUCAAACAACUGUAGAGAUAACUGUCAGUGUACCUCUACAAACAAGUGUAAAUAGUACCCGACCCACCCUUGGAAACAAAGAGGUUCCUCUUGUGACCUGCACCGCUGCCGGAUUCAAACCACCGGCCAAGGUUUCGUGGCAAAUUGAUGAUCGUUUAAAAGACAAAGUGACAUGGACAAACAACUCAACUCUCCUAAUCAGCGAUACAACCACCACAGUCAGCACAUUGUUUGGAAAGCCCACCAAAGAGAUCAACAGAAAUAAGGUCCAAUGUGUCAUCAUCUCUGAGAAACAAAACGAAACCCUACCCUUCGAAAUACAGAUUUACUAUCCACCUCUGAAUGUGAACAUCAAAAAACAAUCCGAGGGCCUGGUUUUCACCUGUGAGGCUGAAGGCAACCCAAACCCAACAAUUACCUGGAGCAGAUCAGGCAAGGCUCUGCCUCCAUCAGUCUCUGCCCCCUCAACUCAGGGGGCAACUCAGGGGGCAACUCAGGGGGCAACGUUGACUUUUGAGAAGAAAUCCCCAGACGUGAAUGGCCUCUACUUGUGUGAGGCAAAUAACACCUACGGAAGCAAUCAAAGUUUUCUCUACGUGGAUUUUUCCCCAGGAACAAGCUCCGUAACUGGUUGGGUCUUAUGUAUUAUUCUUUUUAUUAUUUUGGUGACUGGCUCUGCUGUGUUUCUGUACAAACAUGGAUAUUUUAAACUUCCAAGGUGUCUAGGGUUUGACAGAGAAGAAGUACGAACCUCCUCACCCAACGAAGAAGAAAAUGAAAAUGCUUCAGUAUAACCAGAGGGAAAUAGCUGGGUCCCAAAAAGUCCAAGCAGAUACCUCAAUAUAAACUUGAUCUUUGACUGAGAUUGAAACAGCAGGCUGCUGGGCUGCUGGCUCGAUUCCCGCUCUUGCUGCCUUUGUCGUGUCCAUUAAGAAAACACUCCACCCACCUUGCCUGCUGGCUUUAGUCAGAGGGUGCAUGACACCUUUGAUUUUAUCUGAGGCUUUCUGGGAUAUUUUGUGCCACAUCACUUCCUGCUUCAUCAAUAGCACUUCUUUCUAUUGACACUUGGCAUUCAGUUGGGAAUUAACUUGGCUUCCAGAACAGCCCUGCAAUCAUCAAAUAAGAGCCAAGAAUAUUUUUGCCAAAGUAACCCUGGAUGUCAAGAAACAGAAAAACCUCAUAUUUAAGAAUAAUUAAACCUUAUUUAUGUAUUUUCUUCCUAACUUACACUCCCUAUCCAACGCUAAACAGAAAAAGGAGUCCCAUCCCCUCUGGGUCAACCAUCCUCUUUAUCAUUGGGACACUAAGACCCAGUUCUGUGGCUGUCAACUGAGAAAGCUGACCUUGUGAUUUAAAGUGCAGGUGCAGCCACCAACCAUAUCCUACAAGCAUUAAUAACUGUAGGAUGUGGUUUAUGUAGGAAGGAAGUCAGGGGACCAACGUUUCCACUAACAUAUUUAUGGACACUAUUUCAAUCUGGAGACACUCAGAUGGAGAAAAGGGAAACAAUUAGAAAAGUUUAUUAACAACAUGAAUUAAAUCUUUGGCGCUCGGGCCCCGAUGUCUCAACACACUGCAGCUUAAGUGAACUCAACUUACACUUUGUUAUUAUUAUUAUUAUUAUUAUUAUUAUUAUUAUUAUUAUUAUUAUUAUUAUUAUUAUUAUUAUAGAAGCAUAUAUACUUGUUAAAACAUCAGUGAGCAUAAAAAGUAACUUCAAAAUUCUUCCGUCCCCUCAAAAUUUAAUAUUUUUCUUCUUGGCGAAAAUAAAAACCAAUAAUAACCCUUCUUGGAUCAGCGUUGUCAUGCUUACCCUUACAAAAAAAUCCCAUGAAAAUCAUAUGUGACUUUCACAUGUGAUCACAUGUGGUUCACACAAAUUUUACAUGUGAAUGAUGUGAAUCACAUGUGAAAGCACAUGAAUACGUGUGAUUUUUAGAAUGUUUCGUGGUAAAAUCACGUGAUUCACAUGUGAAUCCCACAUUUCCACAUGUGAUCACAUGUGAUCACAUUUUCAUGGGAUUUUUUUGUAAGGGUAAACCUGUUCAGCCCUAAGACUUCUUCGGUGGAAAUCAGCCCACAUCCCACACCAGCGCCAUUUCAGAGCUUAAUUUUUCUGUCAUUAUUUUGUUGAUUUUUAGAUGCAUACUUGGAGUCACUGUGAUGCAGGAAAAUGAAACCAUCGAUUAGCAUCCAGUGGACAACUGAAGGGUUUAUGAAGCCUAACUUUGCUUCGAAGUAUUUACAACCGUAUCCAAAAAAAAAAAAAUCCUCAGUUCCAUAUGAGGAAAGGAAAAAUCAGCCCGGAUCUGGGUUUCCAUCUUUGUAACCUUGAAAAAAAAAAAAAAAAAAUACAGAUGAAUAGGCUUUGACAAACAAA